AUGGAGGACGAUGCCUUGGGGGACAAAACCCAUUACAUUGAAGGAGAGGAUGGUUCGCGUUUGCCUUUUACCUUUAAUGAUGUCAUGGGAUUUCAAGAAAAUGAAGCUGGUGCGCUUUUAAAGGACCUCAUCAGAGCCUUACGUGGCUUUCUUCCAGAAGGAUACAAUUUUCAGAAGGCAUCAUCCAGCUGUGUGCAGGACUCUUGCUACAGAAGCAACCCCAGUCUUGAGGAACAAACCUUCUGCGUGGUCAACAUUAUUGCAGCAGACAAAGUAUCCAUGAUGAACGAUUCAGUUAUUAAUAAGAUGGAAAAUAUCCGUGAAGCAGCUGCAGAAUUGAAAUUGCCUCAAGUAAUCAUCAUGACAAGACCAGAUAUAAUAUGCCCACUGGUUCACAGUGACCUCAGGAAGAUCUACACCAGCAAGAAGAUCAAAGAGAAGAUGGAAAUGUGUAGUCAUCUGCUGGGAAUUCCAAUGAGUCACAUUUUCCCUGUGAAAAACUACCAUGAGGAGAUGGACACGGACGAUGACAUUGAUGCCCUGAUUUUCAAGGCAUUUGAUCAGAUUGUGAACAUUGCCUGUGACGCGCUAAAGAAAAAAUCCUCUAACUCUGGUGACAAACCUAAGUAGGGAUUCAGAACCCAAUACCUCAAGUACAUGAAA